AUGACUCCACCCAAAAUCCUCGUAUUCGUCACUGGGAACGCUAACAAACUCCUGGAAGUCAAGGCCAUACUGUCGGAAGGCGGUCAUCCUAUUGAAAUAGAUUCUCAGAGCCUCGAAAUUCCUGAGAUUCAGGGAACUACGAUGGAAGUUGCCACAGAUAAAUGUCGAAGAGCAGCUGAGCUAGUCGGAGGUCCUUGUAUCAUAGAAGACACUGCCCUUUGCUAUGUUGCUCUCAAAGGGCUUCCCGGCCCUUACAUAAAGCAUUUUAUGGUAACAGUCGGCUAUGAAGGUCUGAAUGCAAUGCUUGACGGAUUCCACACAAGGGCGGCUGAAGCCGUGUCUACAUUUGCAUAUUCUGCAGGACCUGGAGCGGAGCCCAUCAUAUUCGAAGGCCGCACGGAAGGAACCAUCGUUCCUGCUCGCGGACCUAAGGUAUUUGGUUGGGGCGCUGUGUUUGAGCCCCUUGAAACUGGAAUGACAUACGCAGAGAUGCCAGCAGAUCAGAAAAACAAAAUUUCACAUCGGUACAAAGCUUUAGAUAAGCUUCGUACAUACCUUCAAUCACUGUCGUAG